AUGGCCGCUUCGCAGAACCAUGAGGAGGAGAGAUUACCUCUCCCCAACAAUCUAUUCCAGCCCGAUUCAUCUAUACCAGACACUCUCCGAGAUACUUCCCGGUCGCCGCACCCCUACCAUCGCAAGGGCUCCAAGUGCUCCGAACCCCAUUUGCUACCUAUGAAUGGCGGUGAUCGACUAACUCCCAAUUCAUGGCCUAAAACGUCCAGUGAUAGCGGCACCGAGGCAGAUGAUGAGAGUACAGGGAUUUUAAAAGGACUCCCGGCGCCCCCUCUUCGCCAGCGGAAAGGGUUGCGUUCGGGCUACAAUGAUGCCACAGACCGUGACUCGUGGUUGCCGCUAUUGCAACCGUGGCCCUCGCUGGGACGGUCAAUGUCCCGGAGCUCACAACAGAGCUCCAGUGAAGACAUGGGAACUGGAAGGGUGGGAUUACGAGGGAAGGUCGGAAAAAAGCGCCUUGAGGUCUUGCGGCGGCUCUUAGAGACAGGUUUGCUAUUGUCCGUGGGCGCGGUUGUGUUGUCCCAGGAGAGUGCGAGGUUACUUGCAUGGGCUUGGAGGAAAGAAUUACUUGCUCAUGGCGUUCUUGUCACCACGCUGUACGCGGUGUAUCCGCUCAGGAGAAAUGGACGCCUACGCCUUUCCGGAUUAAACUCUUUUACCAUUCCAAGGAGCUUCGACCCCGCUCCCCUUCUUUACCCGAUUUUGAUACCCAUUUACACCUCUUUGUCCUUGGCGCACCGUAGCCCUGCGCUAGUAUUGCCAAACAUCAUUCUCAGUCUCUCGUCUUUACCCGCCCCAGUCAUUCCAUUGCACGAGUGGAUGCAUGGUCACAGUGUCGUCCAUUGGUUGGUCACGUUGAUACCCAUUAUUGUCUCGGAGCAUUUUUCUGCAGAUCAUACGAUACCCAAGCCUCUCGCGCUUCGCGGCCUCAGUUCUGAAGUUUUGACCCUUGUUUUUCCGUUGCAUCAAGCAUUGAUACCCACUUUAGAUUUCUUAUUAACUACCAGUAUCCUUCCGGCAGAGCUACAGCUUUUGACGAGUGCUCUUGUGAAUCUGUUUUUGUUUGCGAGCUCCCCCCAGGCGGAGAUCCUUAAGGCGCUAUUGUGGCUGGGCGGCUUGUGCAUUUUUAUCUCUUGCCGGCAUGUUCUCCGUUGGGAGGUCGCUCUAGCUAGGAUCCCCAGCUGGAAGUUUAGACGGUCGCCCAGUGGUUCGCAAUCACGAAAAAAUCUCUUGUAUGUUAUCGACCAUAAACUCUGCCAAAAACUGAGCCGAGCGGGCUCCUCCGAAGAUGCUAUGUCAGACAAGAAGACUCCAGCUAGAGAAAUGACCGACAAGGUUCCCCAAGAGAAUGGCCAUCGGCAUGCAGUGCAUCGAAGACGACAUACUAUCUCCAGCGUGGAUGAGGCUGCACAUUCAGAGCGUAUCAGAACCACUCCCAGUGGCCGACGGAAGCGAUCGAUGGCUCCGGGCCUGGCAUCCUUUUUGUCACUGACUGUACCACAAGCACAAGUGCGAAAAUGGCUUUACGCCCUGUACGUAUAUGCGGCUGUGGCAAUUAUCAUCAUGGGCCCAGUGCGGAAGUACGUGAGCGAACGUGCACUGGGUGGAGAGGAGCCGUUUGGGUGGGCUUUGAGCUACCUACUGGGGAAUGUGUCCUGGUUUAGGUUCUGGGUGAUCAUGUGGAACCUGGAGUACUGGAUUCCUCUUCCUCCUCGCUUGGAUCGUGAAAUGUGCUCUCUUGGCUGGAUGGAGUGUCUCCGGCAGACUUCUUUUGGGGAAGCCAAUGCACGUCUUUUAAUUGCUGCUCAUUGUAUUGCGGUGAUUAUAUUGGGCCUGGGUGUUGUUUUUAAGUUGAGCUCCAUCGUAGAAGUGGAUACAAGACGCAAAGUCUUCCACGGCAUGAUGGUGUUGAUGUUUCUUCCCACCAUCUACAUCGAUCCUGCAUUCUGUGCUCUCGCUCUCGCGCUAGUACUGUCUAUAUUUCUCCUUCUGGAUCUUUUCCGAGCUUCCCAAAUGCCGCCAAUCUCUCGACCGUUGACCUAUUUCCUGGCGCCCUAUGUUGACGGCCGAGACCAUCGGGGACCUGUCAUUAUCUCUCACAUCUUCCUUCUUAUCGGAUGCUCUAUUCCCCUGUGGCUUUCUUUGGCUGACAUCCCCCGAUCGGAAGACCACCCGUGGGGCGCCUGGAACGUUCAGUUCCGGGAUGUCAGUAUGGUCAGCGGAGUAGUAUGCGUCGGUCUUGGAGAUGCCGCCGCAUCACUAGUGGGUCGUCGGUUUGGUCGGCGUAAGUGGUUCUGGGGUGGAGGCAAGUCCUUGGAGGGCAGUGUGGCUUUUGCGGCGGCUGUGACCGGGGGUCUGGUGUUUUCCCGAUUGUGGCUUGCCGCAGGCCAGUGGGCUGUGCAUGUGAACGAUGGGCAGAAUCAAUUAUUCUGGCUUUGGACGGUGUGCAAAGCCAUCAUAGCGGCUGCAGGCACCAGUGCGACCGAAGCGAUUUUGACAGGGUGCAACGACAAUGUUCUUGUACCGAUCGUGCUGUGGCUGCUCGUCAGGGGACUUGGCCUGUGA